UUGUGGCUCUGUCUUAAGUGUGGAUAUCUCGCCUGUGGUCGCUCCCGGAGGCAACAUGCUCUCAAGCACCACCAAACACCGCGCUCUGAACCGCAUACUCUGGUCAUCAACAUGGAGCUGUGGAACAUUUGGUGUUAUGACUGUGGGUGUGAGAUUGCUGCACACUGCUGCAAGAAACUUCACGAAUGUGUUGAAUUCAUCAAGCGACUGGAGGAGGCCCCUGCAAACUGUAAAAAAAAAUGUGAUACCAGGGCUGAAGAGAAUGGUGACAGGACAUCUGUAGGGGCCUUCACAAAAGCAUCACCUACACCAGUGAAAAAUGAGAAAGUGGCAGCACUGACUGGCAAUUUACCACGAGUCAGGGGGCUGUGCAAUGUUGGCAAUACUUGCUUCUUCAAUGCAGUGUUGCAAUGCUUGGCACAGACACCAUUCCUUUUGCCAGUGCUGCAGGAAAUGAGUGAAUCAGGCACCAAAUUCCAGCUGUCAGGCCGGGUGACAGCAGAGGCGGACUUGCCUGUACUGGAAGGUGAACUGUGCAAGUGGGGUAAUCUCACUGAGAUCCUGGCUUGCACACUUGUGGAGCUGCAGUCUUCCAAAUGUGAAGUGUUCAAUCCAACUCGUCUGUUGAAUAAACUGAUCCAACGUUGCCCACAAUUUGGAGGUGGGGAGCAACAUGAUUCACACGAGCUACUGAGACAUCUGCUGGAGGGGGUGAGAACCGAGGAUCUUAAGAGAUACCAGAGUGCCAUCCUUCGCCUGUUUGGACUGUCAGAGAAAUCAAACCCAACAGAUGUGGAAGAAGAAGUGAGGGCAAAGGCAAAGGCUUAUGGACGCCAAGCAGCUGAGAUGAUGCUCCACCCAGAGCAGGUGUUUCGUGGCUUCUUAGUAAGCACCCUUGAGUGUCAAGACUGUUUUCAUACUUCUCAGCGUGUGGAGAGUUUCUUGGACCUCAGCUUGCCCGUCAUGGCCGACAAGCCGCAGCCUCCAGUUAUGAGAAGAAAGUCCAACAAUGAUGAGUCAUUUGAUGUGUGUGGUAAUGUGUCAGAGGGUCAGCCAUCUAAGCAUCAGCUGAAGAAGGAGCGCAAGCAAGCAAGAAAAGAGCACAAGAGACAGAAAGGGUGGCAUGCAGGACGGGGGCAAUCCAUCAGUGCCAAGGAGAAUGCUGCAGUAAAUAAUACUGUUGAAUCAGAGCAGAGCGAUGCAGACGUGGAAGACAAUGUGGAACAAGAUAUGGGAUCCAAGGUGCUUGGUGUCGAUAUGGGGGAAUCAGGAUACAGCUCUGAGAAAGCUGGCAAUGAGGACUCUGCAGUUGAAAGUCCAGUGCCUCAUCUUUCCAAUGGAGACUCUGCCCUGGCCAGUCCUACUUCCUCAGCAGACGUGGGUGGGUCCAUGUCACCACUGUGUAACAGAGCAGUGACGGAGAUGAACAAAGAGCUGGUGGUCGCAAUCCCUGUCUCUACUUUAGAAUCUGUGGGCAGCCCACUGUCUCCCAGUUCAGUCUCUUCUGAAGUGAACUUAGAUUGCUCCAGCUCGAUUUCAACACGUGCUCACACGGAUUGUAUGUCUCCUGACUUGAACAGGCCAGUUUCUCGCUUUGAAUUUCAUAAUGAUGAUUAUGCGGAUAGUGGGGAGGGAGUGGCAAGGCUGAGUCCUGUCGAGGAUGACUCUGGUUGUGUGAAGAAUCUUUUAGUUUCAGACUUGUGUGAUGAUAUUUCUCGUUUGUGCACCAAUUUUGUUCAGACAACUGAGCCAAACAUGAAUGGCCAUGAGGAGAAGCAACUUGUUUAUGGAGGAGAUGCUGAAGAAGUUGAGUUAAAGUUGGAUAACACUGGUAAAGGAGACAUGACUAGCAAGGUACUAUCAUCGGGUAGUACUGAGACUAGUGUGGUGCAGUUAAAUGAGAAGAUGACCAGUGAAGUGCUGUCAACUGCACAGGCACCCUGCGAGACGCAGUCAAAUAGGGAAGUGGCUGAUGAGGUGUGCUCAAGUGGGGUGACGGCCAGUGAAGUGCGGUCAACUGGCGGGGUAGCUAGCUGGAGUGCAACAUUGUUACCAAGGUACCAAUGUGAUGAUGGAGAGUGCUCUAUCCAGUCGUGUCUGAACCAGUUCACUGCGCUUGAGCUUAUGACUGGAAACAACAAGGUUGGCUGUGAGAAGUGCACCCAGUGCCAUAAUCAGGGUAAGGAAGGCAAGAUGGUGUGCACAAACUCCACAAAGCAGCUUUUGGUUAAAAGCCCCCCUGCAGUGCUGAUCCUGCACCUCAAGAGGUUCCAAGUGCAUCGCACCAUGUUUCGCAAGAUGUCACGCCAUGUCAGCUUUCCUCUAGUGCUUGACCUGGCACCUAUCUGUUCUACUAUGUACAAGGACUCGCUGAUGCUGAAACCCGGACAGAAUCAGGUGCUGUAUGCGCUCUAUGGAGUGGUUGAGCACAGUGGCACGCUUCAUGGGGGCCACUAUGUUGCCUAUGUGAAGGUGCGUGCCCCUGUACCAGACAGUGAUCCACGAUGGUUGUUCCUGCCCUCAUACCGUCAGGUUCCCCAUCGGAGGGUGGAUGAUGAGGAAGGUGGCAGUGCAGAGGCUCCUGCGGGGAAGUGGUAUUUUGUGAGCGAUUCUCGUGUCAGUGAAGUUGGGGAGGACCGUGUUCUUCGCAGUCAAGCCUAUCUGCUCUUUUAUGAGCGCAUCUGGUAGACAAAGGCAUUUCUCCGAUCAUCCAUUCAUAGUCUGAAAUUUGUUUUUGUGAUGAACUGUAUACAGCGUGUCAGAUAUGCUUCUUUAUUAAUAUUGCUGUGUGCAGCAGCGGUGAUUGAGGAGAUCCUUUAAAACAUUACUGGUUGUAUAUUAAUUUCUGCCUUUGUAAUUUAUUCUGCCAUUUCUAUAAGCAGACAAGAGACCAUAAUUGGAGGCCUUCUUAGGUAACUUCUAAGGUUUUUUUAAUAAGCUCACAUAUUUUUCAUCAAAGACCAAAUGUUGGUUCCAGAACAAGCACACAAGUUGCUGCAUUGUGUAUAAUUUAUCAUAAAACUUUAUUUAAAUGCAGGGGACAGUCUUGUUGGGGAAACAUUUGUUUGUAUCAGGGGUUCUCAACCUGUGGCUUUUGCUGCAUGGAGCCCUCCAACAUGUUUUAUGUUGCCCAUGUAUGUUUUUGUGCUUUUGUAUCUUCCUGUAUGAUGAAAAAAUAGCUACCAUCUUGGUUAAAUAUUUAAUUAACCCUUUAGAGCUUAGUGGUAAAUGUAUGUAACACCUGCUUUAAUAUUCAGCAUUAUAUUUUACCCACUAUUGGUUUCAUGUCUUUCUCAGAUUCUUUCCUUAAACAGCAUUAACAAAUUGAUCUUUGCAAUAUAGAUACAUUUUGUUUCGAAACCUCAAUCCAAGCCUCAGACAGAACGACCUUUUCCUUAAACUGAAUGGAAGAGGAGAAUUGAGGAGGCCAUGGACCGGAGAGCCAUAGAAUAUUAUAUACAUUUUGUUUUCUUUGCAGUAAAAAAUAAAUUUUUAAACAUUAUUUUGACAAACUUCAGUCUUCAAACGGUUAAUUUUAAGUGAAUAUUUUAAAGAAAAAUCAUUAGUUUAAAUUUAUCAGAGCACAUUAUUGAGUAAUAGGCUUAAGUGAACCUGUUCUCAAUAGUAAGAUUUUAAUAAAUUAUAGAUAAGUUUCAAUGGGUUUUCCUCCUUUAUAAGCUGGUGGCCUGUGAUUCAAUAAGCCAGUAAAUGUGGCCCAAAAGGUUGAGAACCACUGAUUUAUAGACAGACAUAUUGUGUCUGCUAUCUAAUAUCAAGGCCAUGAAUUGUGAAAGAAGUGCCGAAUUAUUACCUGUUAAGUCGGGUGGCACUUCUAGGUACUAUUCCUUUUAAAGGGUUAAGAAACCAUAGUGAGGAGAUUGUGCAUUGUGUAGUCUGCUAGAAGUUUACCAGUGUUUUGGGAGACCAUGCUCUCUCCAAUGUCAGGGCGAUGACUCAUUGAGGCAACAAGGACCUUUGAAAUGUAGGUGAACUACCAGACUGCACUGUGCUGCAACCUAGAAGAUGGCCACUGCUGUGAAACCUAAAAUCCUACAUAAACCAUAGUGAGGCAGAGAAACCUGUGGUGGAAAGUCUCUGAAGUAGCAGCAGACUGCAUUUCUGCAUGCUUAAAUGUACCUACACACACUGGGCACAAUUGUAGUGUUCCAGAAGAGGUUAUACCAUACUGUAAAUUAUAGUUACUAGCAUAUAUUGCAGAAAGAUUGUAAUGCAUUGUGCUUGUUACGUCAAGGGUCUGGUGAUCAUGAAUGGGCUUGAUUUUGUUACAAAUGUUUGUACCUUUUGUUGUACUGCCUUUAGUUUUCUAUUUAUAGGAAAAAAUAUUUUACAUUUAAUGGUUGCUGUAUUUGCUGUGAUGGGGUGUUUAUUUAUACGUUUGUUUUGAAUUGAACUUGGGAGCAUAUGGCUGCAGCAGUUUGUUAUAUAGUGCAUUUUCAUGUCAGCAUUGAAAGCAACAGUUUAAUGUCCACUUGCAUCCUUGUGGUCAUUUUUACGCUCAACAAAAUAAAACAUAAACAAGUGUGGAAACAUAUGCUUUAUGCUAACACUUGAGGUGCUUGCUUUUUCUUUUAUUGCCUUAAGAUUUUAAGUUUGUGAAUUCUAACUUUUUGUGCUUGCUCAUUAAUAGCUUACAGUAGAAGUUUUCGAUCAAGGGCCAGUCCAACAUUUUUUAAAUUAAUAAAUGAUGCAGCAUAAAAUUCCUUUUUAAUUAUCUCAAAAGCUGUAACACAUUUGGCAAAAAUAUGUUUACCAAAAAAUAAAAUACAUUGAACUCCAGCCAUGAAAACUUUGGGAUAGGAAUUUCCAGAUUUUUGUUAUUGUUUGUAUACUUAAAUUUAUUGGUAAAAGUUUUAAGUGGCAUUACUCUUCCACUGACUUUGCACUGUUCAGAUUGUCCCCUUCAGCCCAAUGGUCCCCAAAUGUAUGUGAAAGUGGGUGUUAGUUAGUAAAUGAGUGAGUGAGAGAAAGAUAUUAUUAUAAUACAAUUGCAUAGUGUUUUAAUUUUGUAUGAAUUUAUUUAAUGCAUGACAUUGUGCUCAUAUAGUAUGAAAAUUUAAGAAAUAAGACUCACAAACUUGCUAGUUUGCCUGUCUUCCACCAGGAGUGUUAUGAUCACAUCAUCAAAGUGGACAGUAGGUAGAAUGUGAUGGAUCUAAUUACUUGACCUCCUCAGUCCUCUGACAUAUCUUCAAAGGGGUUUACAAAGGACCAGGUUUAUUAGCACCCAUUACUGGUAACAUUACAGGAACUCCAGCAUAGAAUCACUGUUGCGGUGGUGAAUGUUGAUGGCGUGACCCUAACAUAAGUGUGGCAAUAAAUUAAUUAUUUUGAUGAGUGUCUGGUGAUACAUGGAGCGUGUGUUGAGAUUUUGUAAAGGAACUGAAGUUUGAAGAAAACUGAGUGUUUCUAUUGUGUCAUUUGUUAGUAUUUAUUAUAUAAUUCUGCACUGAAAUUGUAUACAAUGGUAAAGCUGGCCCACAACAUGCCAUGGAGGCAGUUGGGAGGAGAGAUGUAUAGUUCCUACUCAUUCUUGACUUUGGCACUGGACGAGAGUGAGAAGUGUUAUGCACUGGUCACACUAACCUUCUGGGGAAGACCUCUGGUAGCUGUUGGAUGGGGGGCUAGAAGAAAAAUCCAUUGCCCUUGCUAGGAAUAAAACCAAGUCAUCCAGUCCAUAGACACUACACUAACUGAACAACCCUAACUCUUAAAAUUGUAUGCACUGUUGUACUGCUGGGUAUAUGUGUGUGUACAUAUAGACUAUGUACUUUAUACAGUGUGUUUCUGGAGGAAAGGUCAAUAUUUGGGGAGAUGGUAGAGGUCCUUAUAAGUUAAAACGUUCAUAAGAACAUUUGGCCAAUUCUGAAUGGUUAGGUAGCUAUGGCUGUUUGCAUUGGCAUUGUGAAUAUUAAUAAAGAACAAGUUUUCGAAAAUUC